ACCAGUCCGUACUGUGGCUAUCAAUGGAUGAUAAGUCGGACAACAGUGAAACCGCAAUCAAAAUGUUUCAAACAUCCGGAAACUAAUAGCUCGACAAUACUUAUCGAUACAAUUAGUACUAAACAACAGUUAUUGUUUGCUAAUACAACUACAACUACUAAUAGGAUAUAUGGUGGCAGUGAUGCUGUUUAUAGUGAAUCACCAUGGACAGUCUAUAUUAAAUACGAUUCAUCCGGGUCUAUCUUUACCCAUGAUUGCACCGGUAGUCUAAUCAAUAAACAAUGGAUCAUAACGGCUGCCCGUUGUAACUAUGGGAGUAAAAGAUAUCCAAAUAAAUUUUCAAGAAUACGUGUAUUUUUAAGGUCCAGCAAACCGGGCCGGGAAAGUGGUGUCAUGAUACCGGUGCAAACCAUUCAUCUAUUUCGACACCGACUCUACAAUAAUACACUUGAAAUAUGUCCGUACGAUAUAGCACUGUAUAAACUGGAGCACAGUGUCGACGAUAAUAUAGGUGAUGGUCUAAAUUAUCCGCUACUAGUCAACCAGUUAUGUUUGCCGGCCAACGAUACCAUCUACAAUGCAUGGGCCGAAUUGGCCACAAUGUACGGUUGGGGUGGCUCUGAGUAUAUACCAAUUGGCAUCGAACCGCUAGUUGUUUUCAAAUGGCAAAUAUCGCCGACUGUCCUACAGAAGACAACUGUCCAAUUGAAUUCAAAUCAUGAAUGUCGGGGUCAUUUUCUAUGUUCAUACCAUCCGAAAGGCUGGAUAUUGAAUUCAACCGGUUGUGAUGGUGAUCUCGGUGGCGGUUUAGUACAGUAUAUCGAUGAUUAUAAGGGACGUGCCGUUUUGAUUGGUAUAUAUGUCGGUAGAGAGGCCACUAAUAAGUGGACAAUAGACUGUGCAGAUAAUACCAAAACAAUGUAUUGGAUACCAGUGGCCAAACAUAUUGACUGGAUUUUAGAAACCAUUAAAAAUAAUUGA